AUACAACUAACAGAUAGAUUGAUGUUAGUGAACAGUCGUUACACGCAGUAGUAGUGACUCACCCUGGUGCCUGGAACAUUUUUUGUCUGAUAUUCCUGAUUCAGGGCCACGGCCCAAUAUCAAGGCCCGCCCGUCAGUCAAGGAGAUGAGAGCUCCAGACACACCUUUCAACAUACAUUGCAUCUAGAGAGCAACGAAACAAAAAACAGAUUACGAUUUACAGGCAACUUCCUUCAUAACCACUUGACGCGAAGGACACAGUACUCCAGCACAUCAAAACCUACAAAAUCAAACAUGGCGCGAGAAGAGGCAUACUGCAAACUUAUGCAUGGAGUUCAGCAGCUGAAUUUCAAGAAAGAGCACGUUCCCUGUGACCUGGUCCUGAUUGGUGACCAUGCCUUUCCGCUGGCCAUGAACCCCAGAGGGCAGGUGUUAAUGGCUGCCUCAAGCUACGGCAAAGGUCGCAUGGUGGUUCUCGGACACGAGAAACACCUCACUGACUUUGCUGCCGUAGUGGAAAACGCUCUGGCUUGGCUAAUGCAGUCGCCUGACCAAGGUGCUGUGGGUAUCCAUCCUUCUUGCAAGGCCGUCGUGGAGAAUCUGACCUACUCCAGCAUCAAGGCUGAGGUCUGUGAGCUCAAAGCUGGUCUCGGCGUGUUUGUCAUCGAUGCUUACAGUGUGAACACGCACGUCAAGGAGCUGGUGAGCUUCCUCAAGGCAGGGGGUGGGCUGCUUGUGGCCGGCCAGGCUUGGAGCUGGGCAGACAAAAAUCCUACAAGAAACACACUGCUGGAAUUUCCAGGGAACAAGGUGUGCAGUGUAGCAGGGAUCUACUUUUCAGAACAUUCCGGAGAGCUUGGAGUGUUCCCUGUGCCCCCUAAGAUACCGUCCAGUUGGCUGUCUGUUUCGAUUGGAAAGAAUUUCAAAGAUGACCUUGAGUUCGUCCUAAAUGGCGUGCCAGAGUUUGACAUCCAGGGUGGUGCAAUACCUUCAGAGGUCCUGGUCCACGGCCCACUCGCUUUCCCAAUUGGCACCACACCUGAUGGCAGGGCCUUCGUCGCUGGCGCUUAUUACGGCCAGGGCCGAGUCAUCGUGACCACCCACGAGGGCUACAUGGGCCGUGAGAGCCUUUCCAAGUUUUUCACCAACGCACUUCGCUGGCUGGACGAAGGACGCAACGGGGCAGUGGGUAUCGCACCCCAGGUUAAAUCCACAAUGGCCGUUCUGUCCAAAUCCGGACUACAGUGUAAGGUGACUGACUUCAAAGAGGACCUCAGUGUCUACGUCUGCAACUCGUACAGUGAUGCUCACUGUGAGGAGAUCCAGGACUUUGUUGCUGAAGGCGGCGGGCUCCUUAUCGGGGGACAUGCCUGGUACUGGGCUCAAAGCCAUCCUGGCAGAAAUGCCAUGACCGAGUACCCCGGCAACCACAUCCUAAAUAAGAUGGGGCUCUGCGUUUUGGGGGACACCCUUAGCUCAGGGCUCUACAAGGUGCCCGAUCUGGAGAAGGCCUGCUCAGACGCGUACCACUUCAGAGGCUUGCUCCGGCGCUUUGCCAGUCACGUGACCGAAGGCCACAACCUCACAGCCCACGACGAAGGCUGUCUGAAGAAGCUGGGGAGUGACUGUGCUCAUUACCUCGCUAUGGAAGCCCACCACUGCGCCGCUUACACGUCAAUGGUGUCGAUGCUGACUGACAUGGUGAAGAAGGCAGGCGUCCCGCAGGUGUGCCACAAAUGCCCCGUAAAAAGCGCCAAAGACCAUCUGCUUCUCAAGGUGGGCGCCCAGGUCUACAAGGUGUGCCAGGACCCUGAUGCCCUUCUGCCCUACAUAAUCAAGAACCAGCCUACAAUGCCACUGGUCAGUAACACAAGGGUCCGCAUCAGUGUAAACUCUGGAGGUGGGGAGAAGUGGCUCAGCACUGGCCUAUACCUCUGCCCUGGAAUGAAAACGUAUAUGGCCAUGCCACCGGAGAUCGUGGGAAAGGGUUGGAGCGUCCAGAUUGGCUGUCAGACUGAUAACAUUGGCAAGGCUAAUGAGCUGAAACGAGCCCCUGUGGUGUGUGAGCGCUUUCCUGUCGAUAAAGAGAUGGUGCAGGUGUGGAACCUGUGGGGGGGUCUCAUCUACCUGAUCGCACCAAACAAUGGCAGCGUGGAGGGGGCAGAGGUGGUGGUGCAGAUGGCUGUUCAAGCACCUUACUAUAAAUCUGGGGAGACUACAGUAGAGCAGUGGGUGAAUGGGAUCCGGAAUGCACCGGCCCCUUGGGCUGAGCUGGAGUUUGAGAACAUCAUCCUGACCCUUCACUCGGACUUCAUCCGAGGUCUGGACCGGCCAGACGAAGUGGCCUCCAUGUGGGAUGACAUCAUGAGGGGAGUGGCGGACCUUGCGGCCAAGCCUGCCAAGUUCCCCCGCAAAGAACGAUUUGUGGCUGACGUCCAGAUUUCUCACGGCUGGAUGCACGCCGGGUAUCCGGUCAUGAUGCACUCCGAUUCAGCCGCACAGCUGGUGAACCCCAGUAAGGCCCGGAUGUCAGGGUUGUGGGGCGCCAUCCACGAGCUGGGCCACAAUCAGCAGCGAGGAGUCUGGGAGUUUCCCCCGAACACCACAGAGUGCACCUGCAACCUGUGGUCCGUCUACGUGCACGAAACAGUGCUGGGCCUGGACCGGGCCAAAGCCCACCAGAACAUGAGUCGUGAGAACAGACAGUGUCGCGCAAAGAAGUACGUCCAAGGCGGCCGAAAGCUGGGAGAGUGGAGCGUGUGGGUAGCCCUGGAAACCUACAUGCAGCUUCAAGACACUUUUGGCUGGGAUGCCUUUAAGAAGGUCUUCACUGCCUACCAUACCAUGGAGGGAGUACCUAAAGACAACAAAGGCAAGAUGAAUAAGUAUGCUGAGACCUUCUCCAAAGUGGUGAACAAGAACCUGACGCCUUUCUUCAAAGCCUGGGGCUGGCCAAUAGAGGCCACCACUGAGGAGAAGCUCUCAAGUCUGCCUAUCUGGAGUGAUCAUCCAAUGGCCCAGUAUGCCUGAACGAGGUUUAACUUGGCUAGAUCUUCAUAGCUUGCUGAGAAUUAUUAGUGAAUGAUUUUAUAGUAAACAAAAUCUAUAGAAAUUGUGGAAGAUGUGUGGCAUGGCUUCAUAUUUAUUUUACAAUCAAGGAAGUGAAGGAAGAUUAAUUAGAGGAUGACUCUUACUCAUCCUCCUCUGACACUUGAUCUAAACUGUGCACUAUAUUCUUACUAAAGCCUUACACAUACAUUAUGUUCGAUUAAUUAAAAGUGCAAUUUAUCUUAAAUACUGUAUAUUUCAGAACUCUCUUAUAUUUGGUGGUUGCAGCUUUGCUGUUUUGAUGACUUUUUUGUUCAUAUAUAUGCAUCAAAAACUUAAAUAAAAGUUGAUUAAAGUAAAGGUGUCACAACUCUUUGGAGAGAAACAAAUAUAGUUCACAAAGUGUGUUAUAAAAAUGGACACAUUAAAUGUAGGAGAUUGUAGGAUAUCAGAGAGGAUUCAUAGGAUACUUGUUACUUUACAUUUACAAUACAUUACAUUUGGCUGAUGCAAAAACAACCGGGUCUGCCCUUGAGCAAGGCACCUAACCCCUCACUGCUCCCCGAGCGCCGCUGUUGAGCAGGCAGCUCACUGCCCUGGGUUAGUGUGUGCUUCACCUCAUGUGCACUGUGUGUUCACUGCGUGUUGUGAGUAUAUAUACUAUACACUACAACAUAUCCUGUCCUGUCUAUGCACCACCUGUCUAUACUUUGUAUGUCACAUUGCACUUGUCUGCUCUUUUGCACUUCUGGUUGGAUGCAAACUGCAUUUAUUUUGUUGUCUUUGUACUUGUAA